CUCACCUGUUAGUUGACAAUUGUACCUAAAUCAAUUCAAAGACUAUUCUAAGACGAUGCAUGGAAUAGUCGUGAUAAUUCCAAGCGAAUAAUCAGAAGAUUGAUUUUUUUGUAAAAUUUACUUUCAUUCGUAGAAUAAUAGGAUUGGACAAUGAAUCGACUGAUAAAUGUUGGGGCUGGCGUGACAAAAGCAACAAAGUCGUAAAGCCGCGAAACCCGUAGAAGUUUCCAGCCAAUUCUCACAACUUCGCGCACCAUCGUGAGACCUAUCGUCUACUGUACCAACAACGAGAAGUAAGCAUCAUACAUACAUCGAACUACAAUACGUAAUUAAUUGUUUGUAGAAACAUCUGUGUUCUUCUAGAUAGUUUUAGAUGGAUCCAAAAAUGAUUCCAUCGCAAUUCUAUAGGCCUUUCGUGAAGAUGGUAGAACAUACUCAUCUCAUGACUUUUCAAUUAUUUAAGGAGCUGAAGACAUCGUGAGACUUGCUUCUCUCGUUCCUCAGAUCAGACACAAAUCAGAACAACAAUCAUACGCAAACAAACAAGCCUUUUAUGAAACCAUUCACUCGCACUCUUACAAGAGUCAAGCCGCAAAGAAUCAUCAAGCCUAAAUACCUUAAACCGAUCAACACUACAAUUUCACCUGUCAACAAGUUCCACACUACUACAUCCAAAAUGUCGAUGUUUGGACCUCGAUUCUACUCUUCCGCCGAGCCCAACUUCACCGGCCUCUUCCGACUAAUUGACGACUUCGACCGCUACGCUGGACAGAACGAGAACGGCGCAGCUACUCAACAAGCCGGUCGUCAACAUGCUCGUCACCUACCGACCUUCACUCCCAAGUUCGACCUGAAGGAGACCGAGAACAACUACGAGCUACACGGAGAACUGCCAGGCAUCGAGAAAGACCAAGUCCACAUUGAGUUCACCGACCAGCAGACCAUUGUCGUCCGCGGCCGCGUCGAGCGCACUUACACUUCCGGCACUCCUCCCGCCGGUCUCCUCGAGAAGGGCCAGGACGAGUCCAAGGGCGCCAUUGCCGACGCCCCUAAGGAGCAGCACCACGAGAAGGCACCAAAGCCCACGGUUGAAGAUGCUCCCGAGGAUGGUAACAUUACCACCACCGUCGCCGAGACCAACAAGAACAAGGCGGCGGCCGAGCAGCCCAAGCAGCCCCAGCACCGAUUCUGGGUCUCGGAGCGCAGCGUCGGCGAGUUCUCGCGAACCUUCCAGUUCCCGAGCCGCGUCGACACCGACAACGUCAGCGCCUCGCUCAACAACGGUAUCCUGAGCGUCGUGGUCCCCAAGGCUAAGAAGCCCGAGGGACGCCGCGUCUUCAUCAAUUAGGCGAAUUUGCCCGUCUGAUCCGGUGCUUUCCUUGAUAUGUUACUACUGCUACUCUCUUCUUGCUACACGCUCCUUUCUUUAGUCGUUCAUGAAUACGGCAUUACGACUUCACGUCUUCAGCACGGAGUUUUUGGACGGUAUUGCACGGUGGAGGAUCAGGUACAAUGGAUGAAUGAAAAUCGAUUGGGCCGGUCUGGCGUCUGACGGUCAUUCUUAUGGAAAAUAGGGGAGAAGUAGUUCGCGGAGGAAUUGUGAUUUUUUGGUCGUUUCUAUCGAGCUAAUGAUAAGUUGUUUCUGCGGAGGAAGGUAUCGUAUUGUACUUGGGCUUAUGGGUCAUAAUUCAGGGCAAUAUAUCAUUAAUAAAAAUUUUUUAAAAAAAA